CUCACUAACAGUCUUAACACUUUUAGGCAGCUAGUGUAAGUGAGUGAAAUAAUGGCGAAGGCGCAGGUGGCGGCGAGGUUCGUGACGGAGGUGGCGCCGCCGCAGCUGGUGUCGAUCGUGCGGCGGAGGCGGCAGCACAGGGCGCCCUGCAGGAGCGGCGCCGCAGUGCUUGACACCAUCGCCGAGGACGACAGGGAGCUGCAGCUCUCUGCCGCCGCCGACGCCGCCGUGGCGCCGUCGCCCAAGAGGCCGGCGGCCGCGUCUCCGGCUGGAUCAGCGCGCACGGGGGGCGGGUUCAUGAGGGAACUCAGCGGCUGCUUCUCCGGCAGCAACAGGGUCGUGCAUGUGGUCAGAUUGCCGCCGGCGGCAGCGGCAGCUGGGGAAGUAUAGGCGAGAGCACAAAGCAGGGCACGGCCGGCGAGCGGUCUGUGCGCACCAGCUGCAUGGUAAUUAAUUAAGCUCAAAGAGGCUUUGGGCUCUUUUCCCUUUUCGGAAAAGAAAUAAUUAAGCUCACGAAGGAACGAACUAAGGCUGGUAACAAAAGUAGCAUUAUGCGUGGCACUACGUGCAGUGCCACGUACGCAUUUAAGGUGAUGUGGCACAUGCUUCAACGAAGAAAGAGAUAAUAGUAUCAUAAUAUGAUACGAGAUAACAUAGCAUUUUUCAAGGCAUGUUGUCUCUCUUGUAAAUUAAUAAAUGAAGGUCUUAUGAUACCAUAGUUAU